AUGUUCGAAGUCAAAGCAGUCAGCUUGACUCGAACCGAGCAAGUCCGCACGGCGCGCUUGACACAAAAGUACCUUUCCUGCGACCGUGGUGUGGCCAUGCUGUGGAUCAAAGUGCAGAUGGAUGUUACAGCUUCCAUGAUAAACUGCAGGGUGACUGACAGCAUUGCAGCUGAUGCGCUGACAGUCUCGGUUUCUAUGCAGCCUGAGGCAAUGCACAGUUGGUUUGGAGCCAUACAGCCUCAUGCAACACAAGGUGCUGACGCCGCCAGAGCGAAUCUUCUGGUCCUCAUUGCGAGAGGCUGGACUGCUGGGCUGGGCUUGAUUGCGAUCUCGCGAAAAGUCGACCAGCACGACCUUAUCACAUGGCAAUGGAGCCUUCACGUGUCGGCCUUGGUUUCACCUCAGCAUGCCUGGUUCAUGCCGAUUCCUUCCAAACCCAGGGCGCGACAUUGGCACAUCCCCCGGCACGGUCUCACCUCAUGGCGAUACACUGCCUAG